AUGUUUAACGGAAUAUACUUGAUCUGUGGAUGUGGUAAAUCGCAGAUAAAUGAGAUUCGGUGGAUUGAAAGAAAAAAUCAAGCAGUUCAUGAAAGUAUCGAUUUUUUUUCUUUUAGACUUGAAGAAGAGGGUCUCCGAAACGAUGCUAUCCUUGUGGCUGGUGCAUUCAAUGCGCAGCUUCACGAAACGGCGCUUUUGACGUAUCUCGCUCGAACACAAAUGGUGCAAACUGUGGCCAAAAAGGACGACUUGGGAAGAGUUGAAGCCAUUGAGCAUUUCGACAGGCAUGGAAGGAAUGUCACAACUGUUGAGCGAAGUCGAUUUGAUCUCCAUUCUAUUCAUGACUGGUUCUUCCGUCUUGGCAGAGGCCAAAUGGUGAAGAAGUACAACAGCGAAUUGGGUCCGGUCACAUUCAAGGGUCAGCUCAAGGAAGAGAGUGUAUUCUUCCAGGUAAGGGUUUCAAGCAGGAACAUAGGAGACAAAAAUUUGCGAAAGAAAAAUCUAUAA